CUCGCGGGCGGUCGGAGCGGCAUCUUCUCCCCGAGUCUCCUUGCACCUUCUCAGCGCAAAGGUCUUUCAAUAUAAUGGCAACCCCACGAGGAAGGACAAAGAAAAAAGCAUCUUUUGAUCAUUCUCCUGAUAGCCUUCCUUUGAGGAGUUCCGGUAGGCAGGCGAAGAAAAAAGCAACCGAGACCACAGACGAGGAUGAAGAUGGCGGGUCAGAGAAGAAGUACAGAAAAUGUGAAAAGGCCGGCUGUACAGCGGCCUGCCCUGUGUGCUUUGCCAGCGCUUCCGAAAGAUGUGCCAAAAAUGGCUACACAUCUCGAUGGUACCACCUCUCCUGUGGGGAGCAUUUCUGUAACGAGUGCUUUGAUCAUUACUACAGAAGCCAUAAGGAUGGAUAUGAGAAAUACACUACAUGGAAAAAAAUAUGGACUAGCAAUGGGAAAACUGAACCAAGUCCCAAAGCUUUCAUGGCGGACCAGCAACUCCCCUACUGGGUUCAGUGUACAAAGCCCGAAUGUGGAAAAUGGAGGCAACUUACCAAGGAAAUCCAGCUUACUUCACAGAUAGCAAGGACCUACCGGUGUGGAAUGAAACCUAAUGCUACUGCUAAGCUUGAGACCUCAGAUCACUGUUCCCUGCCCGAAGACCUGAGAGUGUCGGAAGUUUCCAACCACUGGUGGCACUCUAUGCUCAUCCUCCCUCCUUUGCUGAAAGACAGCGUGGCGGCGCCUUUGCUGUGUGCCUACUACCCUGACUGCGUUGGCAUGAGCCCCUCCUGCACCAGCACGCACCGUGCCGCCAGCACCACCAGCCCUGGAAAGCUGGACCACGCCAAGGCAGUCCCCUCUGUGCUGGUUCCAGGCAUGAACCGGUACUUCCAGCCUUUCUACCAGCCCAAUGAAUGUGGCAAAGCCUUGUGUGUGAGGCCGGACGUGAUGGAGCUGGAUGAACUCUAUGAGUUCCCUGAGUACUCGCGGGAUCCCACCAUGUACCUAGCUUUGAGGAACCUCAUCUUAGCCUUGUGGCAUACUAACUGCAAAGAAGCCCUCACGCCUCAGAAAUGUAUUCCUCACAUCAUCGUCCGGGGUCUCGUGCGCAUCCGAUGUGUGCAGGAGGUGGAGAGGAUACUUUAUUUUAUGACAAGAAAAGGGCUCAUCAACACAGGGGUUCUCAACGUGGGUGCCGACCAGCACCUUCUCCCUAAAGAUUAUCACAAUAAAUCAGUCAUCAUUAUUGGGGCUGGUCCAGCAGGGUUAGCAGCUGCUAGACAACUGCAUAACUUUGGAAUUAAGGUGACUAUCCUGGAAGCCAAAGACAGAAUUGGAGGCCGAGUCUGGGAUGAUAAAUCCUUCAAAGGCGUCACGGUGGGCAGAGGAGCACAGAUUGUCAAUGGCUGUGUCAACAACCCAGUAGCGCUAAUGUGUGAACAACUUGGCAUCAGCAUGCAUAAAUUUGGAGAAAGAUGUGACUUAAUUCAGGAAGGUGGAAGAAUAACUGACCCCACUAUUGACAAGCGCAUGGACUUUCAUUUUAAUGCUCUCUUGGAUGUUGUCUCUGAGUGGAGGAAGGAUAAGACUCAGCUGCAAGAUGUCCCUUUAGGAGAAAAGAUAGAGGAGAUCUACAAAGCUUUUAUUAAGGAGUCUGGUAUCCAGUUCAGUGAGCUGGAAGAACAGGUGCUCCAGUUCCACCUCAGUAACCUGGAAUAUGCCUGUGGCAGCAACCUCCAUCAGGUGUCUGCUCGUUCCUGGGACCACAAUGAAUUCUUUGCCCAGUUUGCUGGUGACCACACCCUCCUGACCCCUGGGUACUCCGCAAUUGUUGAAAAACUGGCUGAAGGACUGGACAUACGGCUCAAAUCUCCAGUGCAGAGUAUUGAUUAUUCUGGAGAGGAAGUACAGGUCACCACCACAGAAGGGACAGGGUUCACCACACAAAAGGUGUUGGUCACUGUCCCACUGGCUUUACUGCAGAAAGGUGCCAUUCAAUUUAAUCCACCUUUGUCAGAAAAGAAGAUGAAGGCCAUCAACAGUUUAGGUGCAGGCAUCAUUGAAAAGAUUGCCUUGCAAUUUCCUUAUAGAUUUUGGGAUAGUAAAGUUCAAGGGGCUGACUUUUUCGGUCAUGUCCCUCCUAAUGCCAGCAAGCGAGGGCUUUUUGCUGUAUUCUAUGACAUGGAUCCCCAGAAGAAGCACAGCGUGUUGAUGUCCGUGAUCAGCGGAGAGGCAGUGGCCUCCGUGAGAAGCCUGGAUGACAAGCAAGUGCUACAGCAGUGCAUGGCCACGCUCCGGGAGCUGUUCAAGGAGCAGGAAGUCCCAGAUCCCACAAAGUAUUUCGUCACACGGUGGAGCACAGACCCCUGGAUCCAGAUGGCAUACAGCUUUGUGAAGACAGGUGGGAGCGGGGAGGCCUAUGAUAUCAUUGCCGAAGAAAUACAGGGAACCGUCUUUUUUGCGGGUGAGGCAACAAACAGGCAUUUCCCACAGACUGUUACAGGGGCCUACUUGAGUGGCGUUCGAGAAGCAAGCAAGAUAGCAGCAUUUUAAAAAGAAUUUUGACCCAGCUUUUGUGGGUACCCCAAAUAGGGAAUUUUGAAACACGUUAAACCUCACUUUAAGAAAAUCAAACAGACACCCCUCUGGAUAGAAAAUUAAAAUGUCCCCGAGAUGAUGUGAUCAUGGAAGCCAUUACACCAUCCUGAGAGCACUAGCCUCAAGAAUCCUUUUGUGAGCACUUAAUUUUCCACAGAUAUGACUAGUGCUUUGUCAUCUUGAUUGCAGAAUGUAACAAAAUAGAACCGUAAGAUUUGGGGUAUUUUUUUCCAUGACUGAAAGAUUCCCUUCAAAUUUGACAUUUUAUUUGGUUGCUCAAUUUUCACACAUUGAGAAACGAAGUCAGGCAGGCAGGAAUCACUUCAAGCAGAUAAAGCCAUGUAUUUUCUUCUUUGACAAUUAUUUGUCAGUAUCUUUACCAAUGAGCCUUAAGAUUUUUAUAUUAGCUCCAAAAUCAAGUUUUUACUUACAAUUUAGAUAGGAAUCUCCUUUUUGGAUACACCACAAACUCUUCAAAGGUAAAUGAAGCAUUUAGAGUAUUUUAUAUAGUAUGUAUUUCUUCCCACUGAGUGUUCAGAAGGAAAUCUAAAUUCAGGUAUCUUUUAUGCUAGAUUUGGGCACUCAUUAGCAAACAAGCAAAAUUUUCAAUUCUUUACACAUAUAGAUGUUCUUUCAAGAAGGGGUAGAUGGUGUGUUCUCAUACUUUUGACUAAAAUAUGGCUAUUUUCUUAGAGCCAAAUUUAGGUAGAUGGCACCUUUUAAAUAGCCUUAAUUUUGGCAACUGCUGGCAAAAACGAUCUUGUCAGGUAAUUUAAUAAAAGCCUCUCCCAAAUGCCUCUUGGGUUGAAUUUCCAGUAAUAUUUUUAAAAUUGUUUUCAGUAUUCCAUAGGCAGGCCCACUGGAAAACUGAAAAAAAAAAAAAAAGUGACAUCCUGGUAAAUAUUACACUGUAUAAGCCAUAUCUUAGCCUGAGAACAUGGCAAAGUUGUUACUUUCUCUUUUUCACUAAUGGCAAAAAGUCAUUGAAAAAAACAUUCAUUUCAGGUUCUUCAGGAUGCUGAUCUUGCCAAGAAACUUCAGUGUAUAGGUUAGAAAGAUGGAUAACUUAAGUGCUUUUGUUUUAAAAAGUCUUUUAACAAUUCAAUUAUUUUGGUCUGCUGAUAAAAAGGGACACUCAAAAUGACUUAAGGUCACUUUUCAAAAUAUUAAGUAUUUUUAAAAAUUUUAUCUUAAGUCAGCUUAUAAGUAGAAAGUGUUUGAUGUAAAGAAUGUAUGGUGAACUUCAGAGUUCAGGCACACCUAACUCCCCAUCAAAGUAGGAUACAAACAAAAGAAAGCAAAUAGUGAUUACUAGCUUCAAAGCUAAAUGCAGAAAAAUGGUGAAAUUUAGGUUAUCUGAUGAGACUCAUUGGUACUGACUGGGAAGUAUUGUUUUAAAGUGCUAUAUAUUAAAAUGCUGAAGAAUAGCAUGUGUGAAGUGAUAAAUGCAAAGAUACUAAGUUUGAAAUGGUCCACAGUAAAUUAUUGCUUUAGUCUCUGGGCACUUAAAACUUGUACUGUGCUACAAGCAAACUAGAAAAAGAUCUACAUAAUCUGUAUGUUCAGAACAAUCUUCACUUCCUCUCUCUAGUGGCAUACAUCAUUUGAUAUUUUGUUCAAGGAACCACUGUACUUUUCUUUCAUUCUUGGAUGACUUUUGAAUGUUCUUCACUGUCAUCUGAAGAUUUUGUAAUUGAGUGGCAGUAAAUCUACGUUUUAAACUGCAGAUUGUCAGAUGUUUGUGUAAAACUGCUUAAUAAAAACUGGACUUGUUUU